GGGGGCAGGACGCCAGCUUCCUGCUUGCAAAGAAGGGGGGCGGGGGGAGAAAGAAGAAGACGAAGAGCCGCCGCCGCCUCGCCAAAGGGUCUCAUCCUCACGCUUUUGACCCAGAAUGUUUGCAAUUUGCCAACACUGAAGGAGACCACAAUGGGGCUUGCCUCUUAGCAACAGCGUAACAGCCCCUCCUCUUCCAAAUCCCAAAUCCACAUCUGUCGUGGCGACCGUGGAGUGUUGCCUCUGGGGGCGGAGCCCACCUUGGUCUCUCCUUAUUGGUUCUGGAUGGAAUUGCGGUGAAUGGAACAGAAGCCCAGCACGGUGGAGUGCCUGUCGGAGCCAGAGGACACCCGGUGGCCGGAUGGGAAACGUAAAAGAAAAAGCAGCCAAUGUUCGGUGAAAAGCAGUAUGUCAGGGUACAUCCCUAGCUAUUUGGACAAAGAUGAGCAGUGUGUUGUAUGUGGAGACAAAGCCACAGGGUACCACUACCGCUGUAUUACCUGUGAAGGCUGCAAGGGCUUUUUCCGACGGACCAUUCAGAAAAAUCUGCACCCAACGUACUCCUGCAAAUAUGAUGGCUCCUGUGUCAUUGAUAAGAUCACCCGCAACCAGUGUCAGCUUUGCCGAUUCAAGAAGUGCAUUGCUGUUGGCAUGGCCAUGGACUUGGUGCUGGAUGACUCCAAAAGAGUAGCCAAGCGGAAGCUGAUUGAAGAGAACCGGGAGAGACGGCGCAAGGAGGAAAUGAUGAAAUCACUUCAGCACCGGCCAGAGCCAACAGCAGAAGAAUGGGAGCUGAUACGCAUUGCUACAGAUGCACACUGCAGUACCAAUGCCCAAGGCAGCCAUUGGAAACAGAAGCGGAAAUUCCUGCCUGAAGAUAUUGGUCAAUCACCAAUGGCCUCCAUGCCUGAUGGGGACAAAGUAGACUUGGAGGCAUUCAGUGAGUUUACGAAGAUCAUCACCCCGGCCAUCACCCGUGUGGUGGAUUUUGCCAAAAAACUGCCCAUGUUUUCAGAGCUGCCUUGUGAGGACCAGAUCAUCCUUCUGAAGGGCUGCUGCAUGGAGAUUAUGUCAUUGCGGGCAGCUGUGCGUUACGACCCUGAAAGUGAAACCCUGACGCUCAGUGGUGAAAUGGCCGUCAAGCGGGAGCAGCUGAAGAACGGUGGCUUGGGCGUGGUAUCAGAUGCCAUCUUUGAUCUGGGAAAAUCCCUCUCUGCCUUCAGCCUGGAUGACACUGAAGUGGCACUGCUCCAGGCUGUGCUGCUCAUGUCCUCAGACCGCAGCGGGCUAAUUUGCGUUGACAAGAUUGAAAAAUGCCAAGAGACCUAUCUGCUGGCAUUUGAACACUACAUCAAUUAUCGCAAACACAACAUUCCCCACUUCUGGCCCAAGCUCCUCAUGAAGGUGACCGACCUGCGCAUGAUUGGGGCUUGCCAUGCCAGCCGCUUCCUGCACAUGAAGGUGGAAUGCCCCACAGAGCUCUUUCCCCCACUCUUCCUCGAGGUCUUUGAGGAUCAGGAAGUUUAGGGUGUGGGGAGGGGGGGGAGGGAGGGGGCAAAUGGGGUGGCAUGGGCGAAUUGGGGACAUGGGGCAAUUUGGGACUGGGGCGAUGUCUGGACUUGGGUCACAAGGCCCUCAUCACCUCGGACACAACAGAUUUUCAUUGUUUUGUUCUGUUUUGUUGUUUUCAUUUUUCUUUUCAUUUUUUUUGUUUUGUUUUUCUAAAUAUUGCACGUCAGCAUCAGUGAAUCCCAUGGAUAGGGGAAGCAAGGGCAUCAUUGGUAGGGGUUGGGCCAUGAAAAAAAGUCGAAGCUAUACAAAAUCUGGGUUACGAGGUAGACUUGUGCAGUAGCCAACACAUUCUUUGUCUAGUCAGAGUUUUAAAAAAUAAGUGGACAAUACAGUUCCCACCUACCCCUUGUUAUAUCCCCUGUUGUCCAUAGUCGUCUUUCCAGGGUGAAAUGUCUGUCUUAAACUUUAACACAAAAGAAGAGGAAAACAAUCCACGUGUUAUUCCCCCCCCCCACUCCAAAGUGCUUUGCCUUUCUCCCCUUCUUUAAAAAAAAGAGUUUUCUGGCCCCCACAACACUGGAAACAAUUGGCACCUCUUUGUUCUAGCCCUGGUCAAACCUCUCUCGUUUAAACGGACUUGAUUACCAAUAUAUAUAAGUAUAUAUACAUAUAUAUUUAUAUAUAUAUAUAUAUUUCUUUUGCACAUAACAGUCCCAGGAAACGUCAGAGUGUGUUUGGUUGUUUUAUUCUUGUUUUCGGUUUCUUUUAGAACUUUUAGCAUUUAGUUAUCCUCCUUGGGAGGCUAAAAUUGAAAAUGCACUUUUUUGUAAAAAAAGAAAAAGAAAGAAAGAAAGAAAGAAAUGGAACCGAGAGAGGAAAAGAGAAAUCCUAUUAAAUUAUUGGGGGCAGGUAGCGGGAAGGAAGGUCACAGAUGUUUUGGCAAAAAAAUAAUAAACAUAAAUUGAGGCUCAAGGUCCAUGUGUGAAGGACAAAUGCACUUUGAACGAGACAAAAAUCCUUCCUCUCCACUCCUCCCCUGGUGGAGAAACAGGUGAUUGAAUAAGAAAUCUAUUUUAUAUUGCUUUGAAUCGCACUGCAGGGCUUGCCUCUUAAGAGGUGCCCGCCUUGUAUUCCAGUGUUGAGAGGUGUGUUCGUCAGCCUUCCUCCCUGCCUUGAUGCCCUCUUCCCUCCCCAAAGCUUCAGCCAAUCUACCUCCAUGUUCAGCAAGGUGGGUGGAUUUAACACAUUCCCACCCACACCUGCUGCCCCUUCCCAGCUGAAAGGCUGCUUGCAAUGUUCCCACUGGGCUUUAAAAUGGCCCUUGCUCAUUCUUUGCACAUGCUUUCCCACGCCAUGUGGCGGUACACUUCUUGCUGCACUAGUAUUCUUGCUGCCCUGCUGCACCCUCCCUCCAAUGCCCUUCUCUCUGGGGAAGGAAUGAGGAGAAAUCCUAACUCUUCAGUGCUCCAAGAGAAUCAAGUUAGGUUUCAGUUCUUUCUUACCCGUGUUUUUGGGAAAUGGCACUUAUCAGUACAGAAAACAUGAAAACAGUGAAAUUCAUGGGGACAUGGCAACACCCUUCACAACCCAGAAUUGUACAGGCUUUCUGUAUUAAGAGGUUGUGGGCUCUGCAUAAUAAGAUUUAUUUCUUCUACAACAUUCCAUGUCCCCUGUACUUCUAAAUUACUGGCCCUGUUGCAGUCCCAGUUGUGUUUGUGCACAUGGGAAGAAAGGGCAAAGGUUUCUUUUAUAUGGCAGAGGCCUGUUAGAAAGGUUAUCCUGGCCUGACUGAAUCUAAUUGAAUCCCUUUUGGAGGGGCGCUAGAUCAAGGAAAUAAUAUUCUAAUGCACUUCCUUGCACAGUAGGAGGGUCACUCUGCCCAACUUGAACUGCCAUGGGUAGAACAACGCCCUUAGCCUCAGGUUGCAUGAACUGUAUCAGAGGUGAUCCAGUUGGGAACUUGGAGGCAGACUACCCACAUUUGUAAAACGGAAUUGGCCAAGCUGGCAAGAAAAAAAUACUCCAGGUUUUCAAACUUGGGUCUUGUUUCCAUUUGAUCUCAGAUUUUUUUUUUAAUUUGGUGUUGUGCUUAUGUGGUUGUUUCUGGUUGUUGGAAAAUAGAACCUCUGAAGUUCUGGCCAGCAAUUAGCAUUAUGGGACAUCAUUUGGAGAAGGGGAAUAGUAAGUAACGAUCGACCAGGCCUAGCAACCCCGUUGGAAUAGCCACCAGCCCUGCCUUUAACCUGGCUUUCUUGCCUCUUGGUUGACCCUUGGGAGGUGGAGCAGUUGGUACCUAGGGCCAUAUUUGGCAUGGAACAUCCAGUUAUGGAUCCCCACUCUAAAGAUUUGCCCAGGGAGGAGGUAUUUCUAAAGAAAAAAACAAAAACAAAAGAACAACCACCAGCUUCCCGCUUUCUUUCUGUCUGUUUCACCUUUAAUGCAAGCCAGACUGUGAUCACCUUAAUGCAAGUAUUUUGGCACUUAAACUGUUAAUAGAUCAGAUUUCUCUCUUCUCUCCUAAACUGCUUUAUCUGUGAUAGAUCCAUUUUUUGUCAACUUAUUAGCCAGACCUUUUUUUUUUUUUUUUGGCAACUGUAAUGUAAUGUCACUGGGGAGAGGGGUAUAUUUUUACUCCCCCCUUCCCUUGUUCUUUCUCUCUGUCACAUGGUUUCCGUUGGAAAAAAACCCUUUACCUCUUACCUCAUUCAAGACGCCGUGGGAAAUGUUACACGAUGGGUUGGGUGCAUGUUGGAUGUACCAUCCGAAGGUUCAGAGGCCGGCGCAUGGAGAACACAGCUCCAAUUUAAGCUAAUAUACAGAAAUAUAUAUAUAUAUAUAAAUAUGUAUAAUUUUUUUUUAAUUAAGAAGAAAAAUCUUUGUACGGGUCUGUUCACAAAAAAGAAAAAAAGAAAAGAAAAAUCACACAAAGAAAAUUGGGGUUGGAAAAAAGUAAUGCUUUUUUGUUUGUUUGAUUGAUUUUUGCUUUGGUUUUAUCAUCUUUAAAUGACAUGGGGUUAAAUGGGGAUGUAAUUGCUGGGCUUGAAUUGAAGGGAGCCUGGAGUCCCAAAUGCCAGCAGUCAUGUUGGAUAAUAUUCAAGGCAAUGCCUGUUCCUCUGUUCCAUGCAGUCAUCAAAUGUGAUGUUGAAUACGGAUCUUAACAGUCCCAUGUUUAAAAAAAGAGCAAGCUUCUAACUUGUAUGGUAGCGUAGACUAUAAAGCCUAAUGACAUCUCAGAACAGACGUUAAGUGGGAUUUCCAGUGGUGUGGAAUACACAACUCUAGUGCAGAAACAGAAUACAUUAUGCAAAAUAAGCCCACAUUUGCAGUUUUGCUUAAUUAUUCCAUUUUUCUUAGCGCAGCAUUCAGCUUUUCUUGAUGUGGGAGUUAGAUGUUUGUUUAAAGUUCAGAGGAUACACAGCCCCAGUUGUAUUCCACCAGCUGUUUCCCCCAGGAAUACAACUGGGCCCAUUGAAAUAGUUCAUUUUGGGAAUAUGCAGAUGCAGAAGUUUUGCCUUGAAGGUGUGAGUUAAUCUUGGGUUUCUUUGAGGGAGAAAACUUUUUUGUCCAAUGUAGUGGCUGAUGAGCCUUGCCUGAAACUAUCCCCAAAGCCUCAUAUCCAUGCAAUAACAAUUUGAAAAGCGUCCAAAGAUGAGGAAUUUUAUAGCCUGGCUGGCCAAUCUCUUAGACUGGUGUUUUUUCAUUGUAUUUAUGUCCUAACCUGCCAUUUCCUAUACACUUACAUGCACAUACACACAGCCUAUUAGAGGCUUAGGUUCCUUCAUACUCAGUCUAGCUUUUCCAAAAAAUAAAAAUGAAGUAGCCAGUUUACCCAGAUCACCUUAAUUCUGCCCCUUCUUGCUGCAACCCUCAUUGUCCUGUCCCUCUAAUUUCACCAAUCACUUUUAUAAUCUGUUUGAGGCCCAUGAAGCAGUCCUGCAAGUAUUUGGCAAGCAGUUCCCUUCUUACAUUAAACUUCCCUGUGCAAU